GUGGCAUUUCACAGCGACCUCUAUUUCAGCAAAACAUUUCGCAGAAAAGGAUCAGGAGCGUGCAACACGACAUUGUGUUUACCCGUAAACACAUAGCAGUUUUGUUAAGAUGGAAGUUGAUGCUGAAGAUGUAGAGAAACAACUGGUAACUUAUCUAGAAAAUAUUUUAAAAUGCCAAAUUAUUCCAAUGAAUUACAUGAAUCUCAGAAACUUGGUAGAAGAUGCUCCACAAAAUUUGAAACUAUAUGAUUACAUUGAAGAAAAAUAUCCAGAUGCACAAUUCUUGGAUUUUCUUAGAAAAUAUCCGCACAGUUUUACUUUGAAUCCCAAUCGCACUGUCAUUCUUACACAAGGUAACAGUUUCACUCUUCCAUACAUGAAUUCAUCUCAAACUUCGAAUACAAGUUAUGAUGAAGUUGAUGCCCAUGAUAAAGGAGAAUAUGUCUCGAAUUCUGAAAGUAGUGAUUCUGAAGAUGAACCUCAGAAUGAAAGAAGCCGUCUCAUUCAAGUGGAAAAUAGUUCUGGAAGACCCAAUAGUCAUCCUUUAGAUGAUUCAGAUUCUUCAUCCUCUUAUUCGGAUUCGUCGGUUGAUGUAUUUUCUUCAGAAAUUGUUCAAACUAGCGAUUCCGUGGCCAGCAGCUUGAGCUCCAACAGUGAUGACUAAGGAUUUUGCACAAAUGUUUAAAUGCAGCUUUUGCAAGAAAAAAACACAUUUUUGGUGGCAAAAAGUAUACACUUUUCCGAAUUUGGAGAAGCUUCAUUCUUUUAUUCCAGAAAAAAGUGUCAAUAUACACUAAAUGCUUGUUAAUUGUUAAAAUUUUAUAUCUUUAGCCAAAUUUAUACUCAGCAGCCAUUUAAUAUUUCCUUUUAUAUGUUAUAUAUUGUAAUUCUUAAUGCUAGUCAGAUUCGUCAAACUUCAAAGAAUUAUUGUUUAUACAACACUUAUAAAGAUAUUCAUUGUAUUCCAGUAAAAAGAAGUUGCAAGUUUAUUCUCUGUAGCUAUAUAGUAUUUUAUAUCAUGUUAUUACAUGUUUAUAUGCUAGUCUGAUGCUUCACAUUUAUAAAUUAACAUCUUUAAAAAAA